AUGACGUCAAUUGAGAUUGAAGCUGCCGAUGUUGUUCGCCUCAUCGAGCAAUAUCUCAAGGAGAACAAUCUCAUGCGCACUCUUGCUGUGUUACAGGAAGAGACAAAUAUCACCCUGAAUACAGUUGAUAGUAUUGAUUCGUUUUCACAUGAAAUCACUAAUGGGCACUGGGACACUGUCUUGAAAAUCAUCCAACCUCUGAAACUUCCAGCAAAAAAACUGAUCGACCUGUAUGAAUUGAUGGUUAUUGAAUUGGUAGAGCUUCGGGAGUUGGCAACUGCUCGUCUUAUUGCUCGACAAACGGAUCCAAUGCAUCUGCUGAAGCAGAUGGAUCCUGAAAGGUAUGCGAGAUUGGACAACUUGAUUAACCGUCCGUAUUUCGACCCGGGAGAGGUAUUUGGUGAUGUCAGUAAAGAGAAGCGUCGCCAAGCCAUCGCUAACUCCUUAGCCAGUGAGGUAAAUGUUGUGCCACCUUCACGUCUUCUUGCUUUGCUGCAGCAAUCGCUUAAAUGGCAGCUUCAUCAAGGCCUUUUGCCACCAGGUACUCAAAUCGACUUGUUCCGUGGUAAGGCUGCGAUGAGGGAGCAGGAAGAUGAAAGGUAUCCCACUCAGUUGGCAAGGCACAUCAAAUUUGGAGCAACCAGCUACCCAUUAUCUACAGUAUUUUCACCCGAUGGGCAGUUCUUAGUAUCAGGCUCUAAAGAUGGGUUCAUUGAAGUGUGGAACUUCAUGAAUGGGAAACUUCGUAAAGAUCUUAAGUAUCAGGCUCAAGAUAACCUCAUGAUGAUGGAUGAUGGCGUCACGGCACUUUCGUUCUCUCGCGAUUCGGAAAUGAUUGUUUCUGGCAGUAUAGAUGGGAAAAUCAAGGUGUGGCGGAUACAGACUGGAGAUUGCCUUCGGCGUUUCGAGAAGGCUCACACUGCCGCAAUCAACGCUGUUAGGUUCAGCAAAGACAAUUCGCACGUACUUUCCUGCAGUAAUGAUCAUAUGAUAAAGUUAGUUUUUGAUAUGACAUGA